AUGUCUGCUGUUCGUGCACCCAACCACCCGGCCACCUUGAACGGCCACUUCCAACCAAUAACUGAUUCCAUCGCCGAUUCGGUACGCGCAAACCAGUACGGUUAUGUCAAAACUCCCAGCUUUUUCCAAUGCGGUGGAUUCAACUACGAAAAGAAUGAAGACUUUGAAGUUGAACUGGUUACGAACACAGCACUCAACAACACGCUAAUGGCCGAUUCGAUCUAUGCUCUAAGUGGUAAACUCAUUGCCCUCAAUGACGGCUCACCCCCAAUCCUAUCUUACUUCCAGGAUACCGUCAUUCGUAUUGGUGCAACAGGUCCAGACCAACCUGACUUUACAAACAAAUCCACCGUCACAAGCCUGGGAUUGGUCAUAUCACGGCGGGAGGUUGCAAGCAAUGUUUCCGACUCUGGUAGUCAUUUGGAAGUCAUUGUUGCUCAUUGUGACUGGGACGGCCAAGAGCGAGUUCAUCGACGCUUCAAUAUCAAGUACAUCGUUCCCGGUACUAAGAACUUGGUCAAGACGCACACCUUAUACCAAGUCGGCCGCGAAAUCUCCAUCAUCGGACGAUUGGUCGACUUUCACAUGGAGGACCACAUGGCCGUCGUAGUUGUAAGAUCCCAUAACACCAGUUAUCUUCCAUAA